AUGGGGCAGACCAAACUCAGCCGGGCACCGCGGCAGCCGCAUCACAGCGCCGACCCCACCGCAGAGGCGGCCCCGACGCCGUCCUUCCUCGUCUACCCCGUCCCCAGUAUCGCGGAUGCAUCUUUUCUGCAGAUCAUCUUCUGCAACACGGUGAGGCGGAGUCUCUUCCUCGGCUUCGGCCGAACGCGCUUCGCCGUGGCGGAGCUCACGAGCGCGGCGGUGGCCGCGGAAGUGGAGGCGAUAAUCCACAAGGCGGCCGCCGCAGUCGCGGGUCUGGAAGACGGCGCUGCUGCGUCUCAAGAGGCGAGCGGUCUCGCAGCUGACGCGGCUGCACGGCACGGUGCUCUUGAACGCCUUGCCAACGACGAUGCCUUCGAGCACAUGACGCUGGCGGACUUGUUCGCCCCACCACCUGGUGGGUCAUCCUCACAAGGCUCUGCGUCCGCGCCGCGGCAGGAGCACCAGCCGAGCAGCAACGGAGGCGGCGGCGCUGCGGCAGGUGGAGAGUCGCUCGACUUCAGCCACAUUCCAUAUCUCGUGUGGCGUGGCAGGCCUGUACACGUCGUGGUGAGCGGAGUUCGGGUGGCAGACUUCUACGGCAGUGGUGGCGCCGUGCCGGAGCACCGCGUGAAGCGCACCACCGAUGCGGAGGAGCAGCGCAGCAGCACCAACCCGAAAAGGGCGAACACCGGCAAGCGCACUCGCGACGACGCCGACUCAACGGCCGCACUGUCGUCGUCGCCGGCAGCAGACCAGCGGGCAGUGGCGGAGGAACGUGCGCAGGGCAGCGGGCUGAUGCGCCGUGACGACGGCGGCAUCCACCGCGCCCAAGUCACGCUUCCCAAAGGACCGCUGCCAGAAGUGCGGUAG